AUGCGAUGCGCGAGCAAGGUCGCCGAGAGCGCGUCCGCACGUCUCUGUGCGGACGCCGAAGCAGAUACUGCAGCAACUGAUAUGUCAUCGGUUGCUGAAGCGACUCAGCCUGUGUCACCUGGUGAUGCAGGCGCUGGUCAUGAAGACACUCAUGGCUUCACAGAGUAUGAGCUCGGUGUCUCAUACUCUCCUGAUACGGAAGACGGAUCCGUAUCGACGGCGAUCGAAUCCAAGCCGCCUGCCAAACGUGGCAUGGAUGAUGCUAUGCGUCGCAGCAUCUUUGGUUCAUCUGAUGAAUCAAAUGAACCAUCGCCGAAGCGAAGGCGCUCGAGGUCGCGAGACUUGGGCGCUAAUAGUGGUGUCGGUUCUCCUAUUGACACCACUACGCAGCGAGUUGCCAGUACUUCUGUCAUCACGUCGCAGGAAGAGCGGGACCGCAGUGUGUUGCGUCUCGCUCCUGAAAUGAAGGCAUGGAUGCCUCCAAAAUCCGUCAUGGAUCACUUGUCGGCGACGACGAGUGAUCGUUAUCGAACACGAUUGUUUGAUUCGUCAAGGAUCCAUCACCUUGACCUCAGUGCGAAAAACUAUCGCGCUGAACAUGAGAUCUUCAUUGAUGCUUUCUUUGAACGUCGAUGGUACAGUGAGAAUCACAAACGUGAUGGUCCCUCACUACUUCAGAUGUGGAACGUUCACAUCCAGAACCUUGAGGUUGUAGGUCGUGACGCUUGGAACGACCAACUUAUCAAAGCUCGUGAUAAGUUUGAAAAGCGAACCCCGACAGGUGCACGCUACAAGCUGCAUCGUCUGUCAAGGGAGAAAGGAUUACCCUGCCUUUCUUGGGGAGACUCCCCGUGGUGGCGCGCACGUGUCUCUAAUGAGAUGUACGAAGGGAUUGACAACCUGAAAUCCCUUUACGACCGUGCCGGGAAGACUUUCUCCGGCGGUCCUUCUGCGGCACAGGAUGUGCCGCAUCGUACUGCUCGACCAGACCCAGUACGUCAACCAUCAGUUGGGAGCGGGGCUACCAAGUAUCCCAGGACGGGGGAUAGCCGCGCCACCGGACGAGAUAACUCGUCCGACGUCCGUUCACGUCGCGGUGGUUCAACAGCUGCUCAACUAGAUAGCGCUGGCCACCGCGAGAGUCCUCUAAUGGAGGUGGAGGAGGAGGAAAGACGCUCUCCACACGAUCAUGUGGAUCGGUGUGUUCCUGAGAGCUUCUUUGAUCGCGUAACGCAAGGGUUACGCGACGAUCUCGAACAUGAGCGGAAUAGGCGUAUCCAAAUGGCGGACACUGCCUCGAAGCAUCGAGCUGAAUUUGCCUUUGCUCAGCUUGAGAACAAGAGAGCUCUGACGUCUCUUCGUGAUGAGCUAAGGGCAGCUCGUGGGAUUGUUGAUCGGUUUUAUGCUGAGGUAACUGCUCGUCAGACCCUUGUCGAUGCCCACCAUCGGGAGCACAAGGCUCUCUGCGAGAUGCUUGAGCGCAAGAACGUUCUUCAUCGGAAGAAGCUGCGUACUGAUGGCGGUGCAAUACACGAAAUGGGCCGAUGUACUUGGGUAGUAGUUUACUGCUACCCAAGUUAG